GGCACUGCUGAUGGGGGGGGGGGGGGAGGGGAGGAGCCCCCGAGUGACGUCACGUCCUGCCUCACCUCCUAGUCCAUAUAAGGACUUCACUCCACAUAAGGAGCAAAAGCUCCGCCUCGUCAAGCGGCGCUCGGGAUUGGCUGGCGGCACCAUGUCAUCCGGACAUGAACCUGUUUACCCUGAGUAUGAGACUGAAACCAGCCAGACGUCGAAGCUGCUACGGAAAUUUAAGGAGACGCCAUUUGUACCAAUUGGGAUGGCCGGCUUUGCCGUGGUGGUGGGCUAUGGGCUGUACAAACUGAAGCAUCGGGGGAACACAAAGAUGUCGCUUCACCUGAUUCACAUGCGUGUGGCAGCGCAGGGCUUCGUUGUGGGAGCAAUAACGUGUGGUGUGCUGUAUUCCAUGUUUCAGGAGUACGUGAUAAAGCCCAAGGAGUAACAGAAGGAUGACCUACAUCUGUCCCGGUGGUGACCUGUGUACUGCAUCUAUAGACCUCAUAUCAAGGGGUUCUUGAGGGAAAAAUAUAUCAUUUUAGAGAAUUGCCCUUUAUUUUUGUAUAUGGUACGCUGUUCUGAGGCUGGCAGCCUAAAUGAUUGCAUACUAGGCGAAUGGGUAUGGCAGUCUGGUUCUCUUUGAUUGGCUCUAUCAUACCCUGCUGUUUAGGGGAUAUAGUAAAGCACCCAUAGUCUUCCCCUUGGCUGUUUUACUCAGCCCUACAAUUGGUGACUUCUUUUGCUGCCGUUGCCCAAAAUGACAAAGUCUGAGCUAGCUUUGCUAAGCCUCAGCCAGGGUGUAGAGGCCGUAUCUGUAAGAUAGCACUGUAUUUUCAUGUUAUCUUCUGUCCCAUGUUAUCUUCUGUCCUGUGUAUUUGCCAGCCUCCAGCUUUGUAAUUUAGAAGCUUCCAGUAGCGCUGACUGCUAAAAUAGAGAGAUCUAUAAACAUCUAUUUUAUUUUUUUAUUUAAGGCAUGACGUUAUUUGGUGUGUUUCAGCUAUUUAAAUGUUAUAUUUAUUCAUCAUUAAUGAAGACACAGUCUCCUUAUUUUUACCAUAGGCUUUCAGAUCCUUGGAGUACUGUAUUUUGUAACUUUAUUUAGUGUUCUUCCGGCUAAUAUUUAAAUGUAACAUUUAAAGUAUGUCUGAGUUUGGCAUUCUAAUGCUUUUAAAGCGUCAUCUAGCUGUGACUUAAGAGUUAUAUUUUCCCAUAGAAAUUUUGAAGCACUUGCAUCUGAAAAGCCCCUUGGGUGAGGUAUAAAACCUUUGUAAACUGCCAAUGUGAUUUUAUGCAGGAACCCCUCCUAUUUCUAACAGCAGUCACAAAAAUAAAUGUGUUGAUGAAGUGAGUUGGUUUAAAAAAAAAAAAAAGAUAUUUCUCUGACUAGCCUACAUUCCAUCGUGCCAAUAUGAUGUCUCACAAAUAAGGUGUGCCCUCCUACUCUGUGAUAUGUUGCUGUGGGGAGGAAUGUGCGAUGCAAUGUGAAUAAACAGCUGAGAGCACUGUGGAUAACCAA